CUUUAUGCCCACACGCACCGGCUAAUUGGUGGUCUUUUAUGUCAGACCAUUCUUUUUUUCCUCCGUCUCCCUCUCUCUCAUCCUCUGGAUCUGAAUGGAGUGAGAAAAUGAAUGGCCAGAUGCAGUGCCUGUCUCUCUAGCUAGUCUCUUCUCUUUUCCUUUCUUUCUGUCGGGUUUGUUCUUCUAUUGCCCUCUAAUUAUAGAAAAUUGAUUCUCUUUUUUCCCCAAUUGUAUCUGUCUUUCUUCUAAACUCUUGCUUUUGCUAUUCGCAAGCACUAUUUUUAGAAACCCUUCUUUUCAUUAUUUUAACAUCUAUCAUCGACCAUUCCUUCUUCUGUUUAUCAUUUGUAUGCUGGUUUAUUCUGUGUGUUCUUACGUACUGGUGAUCAUUUUAAUUGGUAUUAUUCUGAUAAAUAUUAAACAUGGCGAGGGAGAAGAUUCAGAUCAAGAAAAUCGAGAACGCCACUGCCCGGCAGGUCACUUUCUCCAAAAGAAGAAGAGGGCUCUUCAAGAAAGCAGAAGAACUGUCAGUUCUUUGUGAUGCUGAUGUUGCUCUCAUCAUCUUCUCCUCCACUGACAAGCUCUUUGAGUAUGCAAGCUCCAGUAUGAAGGAAAUACUUGAGAGGCAUAACCUGCACUCGAAAAACCUUGGAAAGAUGGAACAACCAUCUCUUGAGUUGCAGCUGGUCGAGGACAGAAAUCACUCUACACUACGCAAAGAAAUUGCUGAGAAAAGCCAUCAACUAAGGCGCUUGAGAGGGGAGGAGCUGCAAGGUUUAAGUAUUGAAGAGUUGCAGCAUCUGGAGAGUUCACUUGAAGCCGGAUUAAAUCGUGUGAUAGAGAAAAAGGGUGAGAAAAUAAAGAAAGAGAUCAACCAACUCCAAGAAAAGGGAAUGCAACUCGUGGAAGAGAAUGAGCGCUUAAGACAGCAGGUGAUAGAGAUAUCAAAUGGGCGCAAAAACUUGACAUCAACUGAUUUAGAGAACAUAAUCUACGAGGAAGGGCAGUCAUUGGAGUCUGUCAAUAUCAACUGCAACUCGACUGGCCCUCCACAGGAUGAUGAUAGUUCAGAUAUUUCUCUCAAACUGGGGCUACCAUAUUCUGGUUGAAUCCGCAUGGCGGAUGUGUCAACUGUUACUGGACUUUCAUAAUCUCAAAACUAUGGAAAAAUUAACUGAUUAUUGAGAAUGUUGAAACCUAACACCAAACCUUUUAAGAUCAUUAUGAUCCUGUAACCCAGUAGAGAACAAUUGCUAGAUGUUCUCUAAAUAUUUUCCAGUGUCUGUAUUUAAAUUUACCAGACAUGUUUGUGUUCAGUAAAAGAGCUUCUACCUUGCACGAAUCUUCUUUACAGGGCUUCCGUUU